AUGUCGCUUAUGCCCGCUUAUGCAGCAUCCCAUCUGUACAUCAAUGACUAUCUUCUUCCCCUGAAAUCAUUUACCUACCAGUUUUUGGGUCCGACUGCCAAUUUGGCCGCAAAUCUUGGUUUAAUUCCCGUCGUGCUAAAUACGGCGACCGAUCCCCAUCCAACUUAUCACCAAAUUCACACAAGAACAGCCCUGUCAAAUCCCAAACGAAACGAGCCUUACUCGCUAAGCGACGAGCUCUACAAUCACAAUGAGGGAUUAAUCAACAGAACCAAUGUCUUGGCUUCAAGAAACACACAAAGCACAGGAACAAGAGCAAAACCCCAGAUUAAACCAAUGGGAACCCCAACACCCCAUCCUUCGCAAUCUAUACCCCUUUGGGCAAAAAGUAACAGCAAAGAAAAAGCAAAAAAUAUUUCGGGGUCUAAUCAAUAUGUGUCAAAAGUAGUACUACUUACUCCCGAUCCUGCGUGUGCCUGA